AUGAUUAAAGACUUAUUGCGGUUUAUUAGCGACCAUGCUCUACUCCUUGUCGGGUGCUGCAUUAUACUUAUCAUUAAGGCGGUCUUUGGCAUCGGGCCGAAUUUCGAUAUGCUAUUUGCCCGUAUGCAGAUAUUUUGGGAUUGGGUUUCGAUUAACACUUGGAACAUGAUUAGAGCUCUCCAGCCCUGGGAUGAACUUGUGAAAGAAGAAGAUUGGGCCAUAGAACUCGGUAAUUUGGCCAGGAGACGUCAUAUAUGGAUACAGCGACAAUUAUUCCUUCGAGAAACAAUAAUUGAAUACGCUAUACAAGGGAAACUAGAGAAGGUUAAUGAUCUGGAUAACGGCUCCAAAGACUGGCAAGGUAAGUUAUUGAGCCAGACUCGUAAAGCCUGGGCUCUCUCGAAUGAAUGGUAUGAACAUCAUAAGCGCGAGCCUACCGGCCCAAUAAUAAGGAUAUCUAAUAUCCUUGUCUCCCGGAAAUAUAAAUACCUUCGCAAUAACCCUACUAAACACCUUUUACGGCAAGAUCUUCGUCGGGCAUGUAGGAUACGAGAUGGUUGCUGUGCGAGAGCAUGUCAGUGCUGUAUAAAACCCCGCGGCCUAUAUCCAGAUAAACGAAUAUACUACGCCCAUUGCACAUUAUACUGUGGAUGUUGUAUCCGCAGUCGAGGAUUCGUAAAACAUAGAGAACUGGUAAAGGAUGUUGACGAUCUCGCCGAUUUUUCAAUCACACGUUUCUCUAUUGAAGACCCUGAAGGGUUCAAAGUCCUAUGA